CCACAAGCGCCAGCGGCUGCUAAACACGCCGAGCUCGUCCGCACCGUUGACGGCUUCUCUCUGCUCGCCUAUCGGCCGCCCUGCUCAGGUUCCGGCUCUGGAUCACUCACUCAGCCGACCGUCUUCGCUUCGCUGGUCGCGACUCGGAUCCCGCUCCGUUAUGUCGGCACGCUCGCCCUCGUCGCGCCGCCCGAUUCUGGACAUGCUCGAGGAUCGCCGCGAGGCCGAUGAGUUUCGUGCCUCGCUAGUGCGACUGCCGUCGUCGCCGCUUGCCUCGGCUGACGCGCCCGACAACGCUGGCCUCGACGACGUCAUUGUCAUCUCGUCUGACGACGACAACGAGAGCACCGCGCCUGUCACCCACGCUCCGCUGCGUGAGGACUCGGCCUACGCCAAGGCCAAGGCGCUAUCGCUGGAGCGGACUCGGCUCCGGCGCGAGGAGCGUACGCGGCUGAUGGGUUCCGUCGACGAGCUUGAAGGCGGGCCGAGUAAGUUUGUGGCCCUCAUGACCGACCCCAGCCAACCGCGUGACCCGCGGACCCCGAGUCGGAUGGAUGCCGCGCUGGAGACGGCGCGGAGGCGGCGGCGGUCGUCGCUAGCUGCAGCAUCGGGCGCAUCGUCGCCGGAUGCAUCGGCUACCGACUCGUGGCGCUCUGCGCUCCGCAUGGCCGAAAUCGAGGAGAAGUCCGCUCGCGCUCGCGCCAUCGCCGAGGAGCGGGCCCGGCUCGAAAAGUACACCAGCCGCGAGAUUGAGGCCGCACUGCGCGGCGACGACGACUCCGGCCCGCAUGCCGACGCCCUCCUCUCUGCGUGGUCGGCCAAGCUCGACGAUCGCGAGCGCAACAUGUUGCGGCAGGCCUUCCGUGCGCCGCCAGCUCAGCAGCUUGCGUGCGUCGGCUCGAUCCCAAUCACCGGCCACGACUUUGCCUCGCUCGGCCCCGGUGAGUGGCUCAACGACGAGGUCGUCAACGGCAUGGUCGUCAUGCUGCAGGCCAGGGCCGACGCUGAGGCUGCCGCGGGCGUGGGCCCGCGGUGCUUCUUCUUCAACUCAUUCUUCUACGCCUCCAUUUACGAGCUCCGCUGCCGGUACAACUACCGCAAGGUCCGCCGCUGGACCAAAAAGGUCGACCUCCGCGACAUCGACAAGGUCAUUUUCCCGGUCCACCUCGGGACACACUGGACGCUUGCUGUUGUCAAUCUCCGCGACAAGCGCUUCGAGUACUACGACGCACUGCUGAGCACGAACCAUGCGGCGCUUGACACGAUGCGCCGCUGGAUCGUCGACGACUUUGCCGACAAGCACUCGAUCGAGCUCGACGUCUCACAGUGGACCGACUAUGUGCCCAAGGACAUCCCUGUCCAGCGCAAUGGCUACGACUGCGGCGUUUUUGCGCUCUCGUACGCCAACUUUGUUGCUCGCGACUGCGACCUGGUCUUCGACCAGAAGCACAUGCCGCAGUUCCGCAAGCGCAUCGCCCUCGCUCUCCUCGAGGGCGAGCUGCCGAUGUAAUAAAUGGCCACAACCCGCC